CUAAACUCUCUCGUAAGACUCCAUCUUCCAGAUCUCUCUCGCUUUCUCUCUGUUUUUCUCUCCGUUAAUGAACGAGACUACCUCUUCUCUUCUCGGGUUGCCGUCUAGCCAAGCUUCCACGAAGAACAACUACCACGUUGUUACUCUGCCGGUCUAAACCUCUGUUCCGUCAAGUUUCGACGACAACCAACCGCAACCGUCCAGAGAAUUCAACACACACGACGAAAACAGCUGCCGUCGCAGUUCACUCUAACCAUUUCUGGGAUCUGCUGAGUGUUUCUUUACAGAGUGAUGGGCUGGAUCUUAUUGUGAAUAGAGCAUUAAGAGUAUAAAUUUUAUUCUUGUCCAUGAUGGUGAUUUCCAAUUCUCUGUGUCCUCAAUAUUUGAGAGUUUCCUCUGGAGGUCGUCUUUGCAUUCCUAGUAGUAGGUACAGUUGGGGCAACCGUAAGAAGCAGACCCUUCGUCUUGUUUGUACUUCUGCUAAUAAACCACCGGUGAAAGACCUUUGUGUUGAAUCCAAGGUUCAAACUUUGUUAGACAGUGUAAAAUGGGAUGAAAAAGGUUUGGCAGUGGCAAUUGCUCAACAUGUUGAUACUGGAGCCAUACUAAUGCAAGGCUUUGCAAAUCAAGAAGCAGUCCUUACGACCAUUUCCUCUCGGAAGGCAACAUUUUUUAGCAGGUCACGGUCAACGUUAUGGACGAAGGGAGAGACCUCAAAGAAUUUUAUCAAUAUUCAUGAUAUAUUUCUUGACUGUGAUCGUGACUCUAUAAUAUACCUUGGGAAGCCUGAUGGACCUACCUGUCAUACAGGUUCAGAAACUUGUUAUUACACAUCAGUUUCUGACUUACAAGAACAGGUUGAAGGAAGUAAAUUGGCAUUAACCACUCUGUACUCAUUAGAGUCAACAAUCUCCCAACGCAAAGUAGAACUAGCGGCAGCACAAAGCGGAAAACCCUCAUGGACAAGACGGUUAUUACUUGAUAAGCAUCUUCUAUGCUCAAAAAUCAGGGAGGAGGCAAAUGAGUUGUGUCAAACGCUGGAGGAGAACGAGGAUAAGUCACGAACUGCCUCAGAGAUGGCAGAUGUCCUUUAUCAUGCCAUGGUUCUUUUGGCAGUUAAAGAUGUGAAGAUAGAAGAUGUUAUGCAAGUUCUCCGGCAGAGAUUUUCUCAGUCAGGUAUCGAGGAAAAGAUCAGUCGGAGAUCAGAAGGCUAGUCAUGAGCUAUUUAGGCAGCCCAGCCCUUGGGUUUAAUCAAUUCGAGUGCCCCCAGGAUAGCGUUAUCCCAGCUCUUGCAUCCUCACCUCAAGUUGCUGUAGUCUGGGAACUGGUUGGCUGUGGGUGCAUUUGGCUUAAACCUUUCUGGUAAAGACAAAUUUGUAACCUGUAGGGGUUGGCUCAAGCGGUAAAGCCCUUGGGUUUGGGGUUUGCUCCCUUUAGGUCUAAGAUUCAAAUCUUCUUGGGCGCAAACAAUUUCUUGGGACCAUCGGAUUAGGGUAUUUUCCUCUUGAAUUAUCCGAUGUGCACUUGUGAGAAACUUUUUGCCGAGGGCUUGUGCACUCUUGAGAUUAGUCGGGAUACUGUUCCUGAACACCUGGUGCCAA